AUGUUACACGUAAACCAAAAUACCUUUCAAUCGGUUUUGAAAAAGCAGCUGAGAACGCAUUUGGUGCUAUCUAUCCUCAGUGUGAAACAUUUAGCUGCUCUUGCGUUCGUCCCACCACAAAAUGUUGUUGACGAAUUCGUUCGUUUAAUAGAAAAUUCUUCAGAAGUAUUGGACGUCCGUGUAAUGUCCAGAAACCGACGAAAAUCUCCUCGGAUUAGUAUAUCCAUGUGGAACUGUUUUUCAAGAGUGCAUCUAGAUUUGCCACGUACUAAUAAUGCACUCGAAGGAUGGCAUAAUGCUUUUCAUAAUGUUGUUGGUGAUCAUCCAAGUUGCUACAAAUUCAUCAACAAUAUCAAAAGAGAAGAGCACAAUUCAACUGUAACUUGGAAUCAAGUUCUUACUGGUACACAGACUUCAAAUAAACGAAAAAAGGGCUGUACACGUGAUAGUGCCCAUGCGCCGUAUAGUGUCGUGCCACGCAAAAGGGAAACAUCCACUGCCGAUUUCGUUAAUACAAUGACCGAUAAUGUGCCCAUAGACAUAGGUAAUGGAGGAAGUACUGUCCGGUUUGAAAGCCAAUGGGCGCGGGUAUCUUUUGAAUAA